UAUGAUAUUUCCUUGUCAGAUUCCGGACCUGCCUCUCAGCUCCGGGACCGGUGGUGGAACGCGCACCACGUUAGAAUCCUCCUGGACACCGUAGACUUGACGGGCUUCCGGGACUCGUCCAGACGUGGCGACACUUUACAGACGUCCUCGGGCACGAGGAGAAACCCUCCACUGGACCACUGCCUUAAGUUCUUCUUUCUGACAGAGACUGCUGUUCAUCGCGUUUAAGAUGGGUGUGAAGAAGAAAAGAGAAAUGCAGUUUGCUGCACUGACUGUCUGUCAUCAGGACCUGGAAACUCUGAGAUCUUUUGCUGAUGUGGAAGGGAAAAAUCUAGCCUCUUUGCUGUUACAUUGUGUACAGCUCACAGAUGGGGUGUCACAAAUCCACUCUGUUAAACAGAUUGUGCCUCUCCUGGAGAAGGUCGAUAAAAACGGUGUGUGCGAUCCCAUUAUUCAACGUUGUUUGGAUAUUUUAGCAAGCAUUUAUUUUUCCUUGACUCUGAAGAACCCCUUGAAGAAAGUUUUGGCAAGCUCACUCAAUGGCCUACCUGAAUGUUUUCUAAAUGAGGCUGCACACAGUUUUACUUUUCAUCUUCAAGAAGAAUUAGAUACUGCUGACUUACAUUCUUAUAGAAAAGUAAUGGAUAACAUAUCUUCCUGCAUGGAGAACUUUAACCUGGGUAGAGCAAGUGUUGUCAACCUGCUUCAAAACGUGCUUCAUUUUCUGCAGAAGAGUCUAAUUGAAGUCCAGGAAGAAAACAGAAAAUUUGCUGGAAAUCAUAUUGUUCAAACACAGUUAAUGAAUGACUUGCUGGUAGGUGUUAGAGUUGCCAUGACAUUGGUACAGAAAGUACAAGGGCCCCAGAGCAACCUUUGGAAUGAUUCCAGCUCUCCCAUCUGGCAAAGUAUGUGUGGCUUGCUGAGCAUUUUCACCAGGUUUUUAAAUGAUGAUGACCUGCUGCAGACUAUUCAGAGUACGUCUGGAUUAGCUGUUAUUCUUUUCAUUAAGACCAUGUUCCGACCGUCUGAGAAGCUGCCUGGGUUGAUCAGCAGCUUGCUUCUCCAGUCAGCUGACUGCACCAGCAUCCCUGAUUGGCUCAUGAGCAGCUGUAGGAGCCUCUGCUGUGCUGAUGUGCCAGCCUCAGCUCUCCUGUUCCUGUGUCAGGGAACACUUGCCAUGUUGGACUGGCAGGAUGGCAGCAUGGGCCCAAGCAGGGAGGCUUUGCUCUUGGAUACUGUGCAUGUUUUGUUCACCUUGAGUUCACAGAUUAAGGAGUCAACACUAGAAAUGUUCCUGUCUAGAAUCUUGGCAUCUUGGACCAAUUCAGCCAUACAAAUCCUUGAAUCAAGUUCCCCAAGCCUAAAGGAUCAUCUGAAUGGGGAUUCAAGCAUACCUAGGAGACUUUUAGAAUAUGUCUAUACACACUGGGAACAUCCAUUGGAUGCUCUGAGACACCAAACCAAAAUCAUAUUCAGAAAUCUUUUGCAAAUGCACCGGCUCACUAUAGAGGGGGCAGAUUUAGUCACUGACCCCUUCUUUCUGGAACUGACUAAGAGUCUUCUGCAGUUGGAAUGGCAUAUUAAAGGGAAGUACGCUUGCCUUGGCUAUUUGGUUGAGAGUCUUGGAAUUGAACAUAUUUUGGCAAUAGAUAAAACUAUUCCAUCUCAAAUCCUAGAGGUGAUGGGAGACCAGUCAUUGGUACCUUAUGCAAGUGACCUCUUGGAAACCAUGUUUAAAAAUCAUAAGAGCCAUUUGAAGUCCCAAACUGUCACCAAUACCUGGAUGGAUAAGUGGCAUGAGACUUGGGUUUUUCCUGUCCUUUCUGUACUGUGUGGAGGAAACUUGGAUCAGAGGUCUUAUGUGAUUGAUUAUUACUUGCCGAGGUUACUGAAUUACAGCCCCGAGAGCCUACACUACAUGGUGCAGAUUCUUCAGACGCCUAUUGAUACGGAAACUGGGUCGUGUAAUCACAGAGGGGCUUUGGGAGCUUUGAUGGCAUGUCUACGAACAGCUAGAGCUCAUGGACAUCUUCAGUCUGCAACUCAUGCCUGGGAGAACCUUGUGUGUAGUGCCAGGGUAAAGCAAGGCUUAAUUCACCAACACUGCCAAGUGCGGAUAGACACACUAGGCUUGCUUUGUGAAAGCAGUCGGAGCACAGAAGUGGUCUCCAGAGAAGAAAUGCAAUGGGUUCAGUUCUUCCUCACGUACAAUCUCAACAGCCAGUCUCCAGGGGUGCGGCAGCAGAUUUGCUCGCUCCUUACAAAGUUGUUUUGUAGGAUACAAGAAAGUUCUCAGGUACUGUAUAAAUUAGAGCAAAGGAACUCCACACCAGACUCUGAGAAGCGGUCCACCAGAGAGCAGCCUUCUGUCUCUUUACAGCAGUAUAAGAAUUUCAUGUCAUCUGUUUGCAACAUUCUUUUUGAAGCAUUGUUUCCUGGAUCUUCCUACUCAACUAGAUUUUCAGCUUUAACCAUUUUAGGAUCAAUAGCUGAAGUGUUUCCUGCUUCAAAAGGUAACAUCCAAACAGUGUAUCAGCUGAGUCAUGAUAUCGACGCUGGCCGUUUCCAAAUACUUAUGGAGUGCUUUACUAGUACUUUUGAAGAAGUGAAAACCUUAGCAUUUGAUCUUCUGAUGAAUCUGUCAUCAGUAACCGCUGGGCAGCUCCAGGGUUCUGAGAAGCUGCAAGACCUGUUCCAGGCAGCGCUGGAGCUCAGCACCAGCACCAAACCUUAUGACUGUGUGACAGCCUCCUACCUGCUGAACCUGCUGAUCUGGCAGGAUGCUCUGCCAGCAUCCCUGUCUGCCUCUUCAGCACAGCAGCCCACAUGUGGAGCUGGAGAGAAGUCUGCUGUGGUGGAAAGGAACACAUUAGUGGUUAUUAAAUGCUUGAUGGAAAACCUUGAGGAUGAAAUAUCUCAAGCUGAGAACUCAUUGCUUCAGGCUGCGUCUUCGUUUCCAAUGUAUGGGAGAGUCCACUGUAUAACAAGAGCGUUUCAGAAGUUGCCUCUACAUGACCUGAGGCUCGUGAGUGAGUGGAAGCCAGUCCUGGGGAAGCUUCUGCUGCUGUCCUACAGGCUUUCCACUGUGGUAUCUCCUGUCAUCCAGAGCUCCUCCCCUGAAGGCCUCAUCCCUAUGGAUACCGACUCAGAGUCAGCAAGCCGCUUGCAAGUCAUUCUCAAUGAGAUUCAACCACGGGAUACUAACGAUUACUUCAGCCAAGCUAAAAUACUGAAAGAAUGUGAUAGCUUUGAUUUGGAGGACUUGAGUACCAGUGUCUCAAAUAUUGAUAGUUCUGCAGAAAUCAAAGGUAAAGAAGAAAAAGCGUGUGAUGUAACUGCUCAGAUGGUCCUCACGUGCUGCUGGAGGAGCAUGAAGGAAGUGGCUUUACUUCUUGGCACGCUCUGCCAGCUCCUCCCUCUGCAGCCUGUGCCAGAGUCUGCUGCUGGGUUACUGACAGUGCAGCAGGUUAAAGAAAUAGGAGAAUACUUUAAACAGCACCUUUUGCAGUCCAGACACAGAGGAGCAUUUGAACUGGCUUAUACAGGUUUUGUGAAACUCACUGAAAUAUUAAACAGGUGCUCUAAUGUGAGUCUGCAAAAGCUGCCGGAGCAGUGGUUGUGGAGUGUUUUGGAGGAAAUUAAAAGCAGUGAUCCCUCAUCCAAACUCUGUGCUACAAGGCGUAGUGCUGGAAUUCCUUUCUACAUACAGGCAUUGUUGGCAUCUGAACCAAAGAAGGGUAGAAUGGACUUGUUGAGAGUAACAAUGAGGGAGCUGAUCUCUUUGGCUUUGUCUGCAGAUGACUCAAAGGGCAGAGUUCCCCAGGUUCAUGCUUUAAAUAUCCUCAGAGCCUUGUUCAGAGAUACACGUCUGGGAGAAAACAUUAUUCCUUAUGUUGCUGGUGGAGCUAAGGCUGCAAUUCUGGGCUUUACAUCACCUGUCUGGGCAGUGAGAAAUUCAUCCACACUUCUCUUUAGUUCCUUGAUCACAAGAGUUUUUGGAGUUAAGAGGGGAAAGGAUGAACUUUCCAAAACCAAUAGUGCUUGGAUUCACCCAUGGAGGAAAUGUGCUGCUGGGCUGUUCAUCCAAGACUCUGCUUGUGAGGAGGCUGUUCACUCCCCACCUCAGCGCUCUUGAGGAGCCCAGCCAUUGGAACUUAUUGGGGGCGGGGAGGCGGAAGUCUUUGCUUUGUUACCGUUUUGAGUGUUAAGUCCUUAAAUGUAAUUGGAGAAAUAAUGAGAGUAUCCUCAGGAUUAAAGAAGUUCAAUGGAUUUUAAUUUUCUUGACAAACUAUUAUUAAGAGAUUGUUUGGGGAGAUUUGCUCUCUCAGUAGGAUUAGCUAACGUGCAUAUUUCGUUUGGAAAAGUAGUUCUUGAGUUAGAAAGCGAGGCCAGAAGAGCCGUUUCUAUUGCUUUAUAUGUGCAGAGAAGACAUGUGACUGCCAGGUGAGAGUUCUCCUGAUAGAAGCAGGGAAACAGAGAGAAUUAUAAUACGUUAGGGAAAGGAUUCUCUUUAUCCACUGUACCUGCUUUUAUCUUCAAUUCUGGACGGCUCUGCCAGCAGGGGUUUUUUCUCCCUUAUUCUUGUCCUGCCAAGAGUUGCAUAUUUUUGGCAAAAUGUUCAUUACUGGCCAGGAGCUCACAAGAAAGCCUUUGCCAGAGAAUUAAGCAAGCAGAAGUCUGUCAAAACAAAUAUUCUAGUUUGAAAAUAUAGUCGUGCAGGGGGAGGGUGUGUAGUAGAGGAGGCCAGGGCAUGCUCUGAGACUGAGUAUUCAUUUCAUAAGAAUUCUGUGUUCUGAAAGGCUGCUGUUUGCCAGUGGUGAAGGAAGCAGGGCUGUGGUACAUAAAGUGUACUGCUGAGCAAGGACAGGUUUCCUGGGGACGUGGGCUUUGUUCUUGGGUUUGGUAUGCUGCUCCUAUGAUGACAGCCUUGUCUAAGAGUGAAGUUUUUUGAUAACAAAUAGCCUUUUAAAUUAAAUUUAAGAGGUAGUUAACAAAACUUAUGUUUACAUGGAAAAAACUCUGAGGCCUGAGGAUAUUAAGUACACAUAAACAAAUCCUCACAGAAACACCAGUCAUUUCAUAAGCAUUUAUUUGGCUAGGAAAUGCCAACUUCAUAUGACUCCAACCUUAAAAGUAUUCAUUAUUGAUUCUAAAGAGCAAAACUUGUUUUUCCCCUCUUUUUCUUCCAUUUGUUUGUCAUAUAAAAAUUUAUUUUAUAAAUGAAGAAGAGUAUAGAUUGGAUGAACACAAGUGUUUUUAGAUUCCUUUAUUAUGUAGAUACUCAGGGCUACUACUAAAAUAGUUAUUUUUUGAGUUGGAGAAACAUGUUUGCUUGUUAGCUGAUUUUUCUGGUUGGACCUCCUAGGGUGGGAAUUUCAUACAAAAUUGGAUUUAGUUCUAAAGGAUUUCCUGAAGGAACAUCUACAUGCUGCUGACAAUUUUCUAGAAUUUAAGAAAAUAAAGCAUGCUACCUUGUAAUAUUUCAGUAAAUGUCAUAUGUGAUUAAAGUACAUUAAGAAUACAAUUAAAAACAUCAAUAUAGUAUUAGUAAAAUACACAUCAAUUUAUUCUUACCUCUUCCUGGCAGAACUUACUUAGAUCUGCUGCCUGAGUAAUUCAAGGGACACACGCCCGAGUCCAGAGCACAAGAGGAAGUCUUUUUGCCCUUUGGAUUUCUGACUUGAUCUACUUUAGUUACUGGAAGAGAGGCUAAUUAAUGUAAAAUUUCUUUAGUUUUAGUAACUCAGAAGAAUAAAAAUCUUUUGAAGUCUUCAAAAGAUCAUGGUGCACCAUUGGAAUUUGCCUUUAGUAAAUGUAACAUUUGUUUUCUAAAGAAUUAUAACAACAUACUUAAAUUCCAGAACAGUAAGCAAAAUAGCUUAAGUUCACUGACUUGAAAAAACAUUCUUUUAUACUGCAUGGUUCUAAAAUAAAUACUUAAAAGAAACAGAGAGCAAGCCAUUCUAUCUUGGAUUUCAUUUUCCUUCAGAUAGAACAGCUAGAACAAACAUUCUUGCUAGUUAACAUUGCCUGUGUUUUUAUGAAGUUAAUAACUGACCUGUCAAUCACGCCCUAUAUAAAUACGGUAGUUGAAUGCUUUCUGCUUUAGAAGCACUUUUAUUUACAAGAGCUGCCAGCCAAGAUUUCCAAAGCACUCCACGGGCUGUUUGCUUUGAUCUGUUUUGAGGGCUGGUCUCUUUAUACCUGUUGGUUUGCUCUUUAUGAUACCUCUGUGUGAUCAGGUAUUGGGAGAGCAGAUGUGCAAAAUAAACACAGAGAGACCAGGGCUCAAGAGAAAUCAUGUAAUUAUGCACCAACAACUCUAGAAGAGAGAAUAUUUUCCUAAAUCAACUUAGUUGCUGUUAUGAGAAGAGAACAGAUGUCAUGGUAUUCACCCCAGAGAAGCUGGAGUUUUUCUUUAACCAGCAGCAGCUCUUUAUGGAGUGCUGUGGGUACUCAGACUGCAGCUUGCUGAGACAGUGCAGGCCCUCCCUCCCUCCCCCACCUCGACUUUGCCUUUGACCCUUUCUCAUUUGCUCCUUCCUUAGGGAGUGUUUAUCACAUGUCUCCAUCCAAAUAACCAGUCCUCUGUUGGGAGAGCUACCUUUGAAUUUUGAACUGGAAAUGUGCCUUUUCACAGUUAAGGCCACUUUCAAAACAGAAUAGCAUUUUGGUGGGUCCCUCUGAUUUAGAGUUUCCCCAGUACUGUGAGGAACUGAAUACUGAGGGCCUUUGUAUCCCCUCAAACACCCCCUCCCCCACCCUGCACACUGGAGCACGCAGACACACACACACACCCCGUACUCCCCCCUGCAAUGCAAGCAUACAUAGUCUUUAGUAAGUGAAAGAAGGGCAGAAAGGAAGAGAAACUUCACUGCUUGCCUCCAAAAUAACCUAUUCUGAGGGACUUCUUUUCUCCUCUUAAUGAAAUGCUGCCUUAGCGUUUCCCAUGAAUUAAUUACAUUUGCAUAUUACUUUCCUCUAGGAAACUUAAUGUUUGAAGUUUGUAACUUCUAUUUUUGUUUGAAACUAGAAAGUUUUUCCCUGUGCUUUAAGCUGGAAAUUUUAUCAUCACUUAACAAUGCUUUCGGAGGGGAGGUGGGUUUUCAGGCCCUCAAAGGGGUUCUCCAUGCAUGGGCAAGUCCUCUUCAUACUCGCUGGCCAUCUGGGCCAGCACUUUUCCGUCCUGUGACACUGGCAUGACUCAGUUUUUCUGUGGAAGGGUGCCAGUGCUUGGCUCCAGGGUUAGAAAGUAAGCUUUUUACUAAUAGGUGUUCUCCUUGCUUUCUGCCCAGAAAAGUUCUGAAUCUGGUAUUUCCAGUGGUUAUUAUUGCAGUUUGUGGGGCUUCUGGUGUUUAGCUUUUAAAUCUUGCAGUCUCUGAUAGUCAGCAGAGUGUAAGUAAUACCCGGUGCCCUGUGGCAGCAACCUUCCUUGGGUACUUACAGAGUAAAAGUAUUUGGUCAAUGUUAAGGUAGAUUAAAGCUUGGUUUUGAACUCUGUUCUCCUGUAGAGCCUUGUUGGGGAGCAAAAAUUGGAAAGCUCUGAGGCUGACAGGAAGCACACACUAGCUCAGUUGUAAGACUAUGGCCUGAGCUCAGGCAGAAGCCUCCUAAGAGGUAGGAAAAAGCUGAAAUCACCUCUGAGCGUCUUUAAGCCUUAAUUGUAAGUGGAGCCACAGGGCAGCCAGAGGAGCCAAAAGCAAUUACAGAGGAUGGGCCAUGCUGCAGAUACCAGUGAAGAAACUGCUGCCACAGAUGUGCCAGGGAUGGUGGGGUAGAGGUGGGGGUGGGGGUGGGGGAACCUCCAGCUGCUUGUUUUUAUUUUACAUUCAUUCAGGGUUCAGGCCUGUAAUUAAAUUUUCUGAACAAAGACCCUAUUAGGUUACACAAUCCAGCUUGAUGACUAACAGUUCUUCCUUCGAGGUACUGAGGAAAUCUGUAGUGUGUAAAGCAAAUACAGGACUGGGGGAAGGCGUUCCAGUGAACAGUGGACUGUGGGGCUGCUUCAGGUGGACCUUUCUGCCAUUUCAGCACUUGAUCAGGUGACUCAGUUUACCCUGUGGUCUAAAACUGUCUCAGUGAUAGGCCUUAUUCAAUACCCGUGAAAAUAUGUGCAUUUCUAACUAAUAGAGUAUUGUUUUUUAAAACUCUCUCUCUAGCCAGUGUGAUGGCUCAGUGGGUAAAGAUACCAACAAGUGGGAUGUUCUUUAUUUGAUCCCUGGGGUCCACAUGGUAGAAAGAACCAACUUCUACAGGUGUUCCUUUGAUUCCUUACAUCCUAAGACAUAUUGCCAUCACACCCACAGACAUGAGCACACAACACACACUUAAAAAAUUAUUUCUUUAAAAGUUUAAUUUAAUACUAUUUUUUGAGAUAGGGUCCCCUAUGUAAACCAUGCUGCCUCUACAUCCUGGGUGCUGGGAUUAAAGGUGUGUGGCACCACUCCUAGCCUUAAGAACAAUGUCAGUUUAAAAAAUCUCUCUCCACUUUCAUGUAGGCACCAUAUACUUGCUUAAAACAUUUUCAGAGUGACCCAAACAGAAUUUAUAUUUAUUCUUGGGCCCAAACUUAAGGCAGCGUCUCAGAAUUUGAGAACUAAGAGUUCAGAUCCAUUAGCUUGACAUCUCAGACCUCCCACCCCUACCUCCACCCCCAUCCAUUCUUCUAGGCAAGCCAAAGGCAUCUAGGCCUCAAAAGCAUUUGUGCUUACCCUUUGCUAAAGGCUUACUUCCUCCCCUUUCAGCCUCCCAGCAGGCCUAGGAGAAGUUGAUACUUGCUGUCCUUUAAAACCAAGCAUCAUCUAAGCAGUGUCUGUAUGGUCUAGCCUAUUUUUUGAAGCCUGACAAUGUCCCAGUUUAUCUCAGUUCAUGUGAGACUAACUUUCUGGAGGGCUUCUCUUUGGCUCUUGCCCACUGCUCAGACCUCUAUAACCAUAUUAUCCCUCUCCCUCUCCCACUCUCCCAGCCCCCCCAUCCCCGUCGAUUUUUCUUUUGUUUUAGGUUUUCUGCUUUUGUUGUCUUGUUUUGUAAGUCUAAUUUAAAAUUCCUGGGAAGUGAGGCUAGAAUUAUCUAGAGUGUAUCAGUGUCCCUGUCAACUGUUGACUAUGGCCUCUAUGUCUCGGGCCAGGGCUUAAUGUAUUUGUAGUCUUUAAGAGUGAGCCACUUUCAGAACCACUGGGCUCCUUUGUACCAGGGUUAUUUUUUUUGACUUGUCAGCACAGUAGUGUGAAAGCUAGACCUAAUUCUGUCCAGAACAUCUAAUUUCCAAAUCUUUACAUGAGCAGAAUGGUGUCAUAGUCACACACUGGAGCACUUUCCCCUGGGCACUGCCAACUCUUUCUUAUGCUGACUGGCUGACCCAUGGCCAGUGUUCCUCAGAUCUUAUUUCAGUCUUCUGGGUUAUUUUUAUUUUUAAUUAAAGGCAAACUUGUUUCUAAGACUUUUCCUGGACCAAAGGCAAGUGAAUAUUCAUGAAAUGUUUGCUUUCUUGACUUUAAUUUACUUCAGCAGGUGAUAACUUAGGUGGGAUUAUGUCUUGACAGUGAUCUGACAAGGUUCCUGUUCAUGGUAGUUAUUGACUUGUCUAGUAUUAGCGUUUUACAGAUAGCACAGAGCCACCAUCCUAGAAUUUAGACUAUCUAAGGAGCUGGCUUUCUUUUAAUUUUGUGUUAUGAGUUUGAGGAAGAUGUGUAUUUUGCCAAGUUGAAACUUUGAAGACAGCAAUGCUUAACUCAUCUGAUCUGAAAAUUACUGGCAAAGUAACUGCUUGUGCCAAAUGCACACCAGGUCUAAAUAGUGAAUGGCCUGCUGUUACUGGCACAGCAUGCUGUAGGCUUCAGAAAGCUUAUUUACACCAGACUGAGAAGCAUUUUAAGAAGCCAUUAUAGGCUGUGCACACAGUGAGCAGUCUCACAUUUACAUAGCAUCUAGGAUACUGCUGCAGAUACUCAUUCUUUAGUUUUUCUAGAUUUUUGUUUGUUCGUUUUUGUUUUUUCCCCUUCAAGGAGCUAGAUUUAGUGGGAGCCUCAUGGGAAACCAUGGUAAGCAGUCAUAAGAUAUUUUGACUUUGUUUGUUGCGACAGGUUCUCUUGUCCAGGCUGGCCUGGAAGCCUUGAUCUUCUUGCCUCUUAACUCUCAAGGCAAGUGUGCACCACAGCACUAGCCUUCUUCUUACUUUAGCUGUUAGGGUCUGGUCUAGUUUCUCUUAGUGGACCAUCAACUCCUGGAGGUGGGACUUUGUCUUCUUCCUUCUUGUGUCUGGUGCAGCUCAGAAGUUUGGUGUUAGAUGUGUGAAUGAGUGUCUUCAGGGAAGCCUUAAGUGAGAGCACAUGGAUUCAUGCUGUCAUCUGAACUUGUGGGGAGAGAUCAGGAGUGUGUCAGAGCAAAAAGGCUCUGUAACAUUUGGUUGGGAACAAGCAGGAAUCACACCUUUGCAAAGCCUGGGAUAAAAACCUGCCAAAUGAGGUAGAGCAGCUUAAGAUGAAUGGGGGACCGUGCCCCAGCUUGAGGGCAUGGGAGCAAGUCACGUGUUUUAAAGUGUGGGUUGAAAAGGAGUACAUUUGUUUUAGAUGAUCAUUUUGGCAAUUGAAUGGAGACACACUAUAACUGGAUUGGAACUCAAAGCUGAAGCCAGGAGAUCAGUAUGUUUACUUGAGUGGUUCUGCUGGCUAGAGCAAUGUAGACUUUUGGAAGUCAGGCUUUGGGAUUUCAUACACCAGCAGUUUGUUUGUUUUUUUAAUUGAGACUCAGCUAAUAGAAUUUUUUUUUUUUACAGUAGAACUUCAUUUUGCUAAAGAAGGACACUAAACUACUUGGUCAGGGUAGUUUCAUAAAAUGAAGGGUAUUUCAUCAUAGAAUAUACCCCAAGUUAAAAAUUGUUAGCUAUUUAAUUUUUAAGCAUUUUAUUUCUCUCUGUCUCUCUGUCUCUCUGUCUGUCUGUCUCUCUCUCUCUCUCCCUCUCCCUCUCUCCCUCUCUCCCUCUCUCUCUCUCUCUCUCUCUCUCUCUCUCUCUCUCUCUCUCUCGUGUGUGUGUGUGUGUGUGUGUGUGUGUGUGUGUGUGUGUGUGUGUGUGCGCGCGCCUGUCUGUCUACCUAUCUGUCCUUUCUGAUGUGUUACCUCAUUUGAUCCCAGUGUUAACUGGAAAGGGUGUGUAUAUGAACAGUUAUCCCUGGUAAAUAGAAGAGUAAACUGGAUUCAGAGGUUGGGUGGCUUAAGUGUAUCACAUAUCUGAUGAAUAACAGAACCAAAACCACCAUUCAAUAUAUGGACACAUUAUUUUGGUUUUGCUCACAAUUUCAGGGAAGAAAGGAAAAAAAGGAAAAGAAGCCCUGGCCUUAUUAUGAGUCAUAUCUUCUGAGUCAAAACAGAUAUGACUUGUCCUUAGACAAAAACAGAAUUUUAUUGAUGACUUUUGAUUCAUCUUUAUCUUUCAACAUCAUGCAUUAGCAACCCGUGAACUUGAGUGACCUUGUUAAGUAGGCCAGCGGGUGCUAGGUGGCUUUUUCGGCUAUGUUUUCAGUUCAUCCUCAGCCGCUCCUGUCUUUCUAUAGAGAAGCUGUGGCCAUCCUUCUGGGUUGUAUUAUGAGAAUGGCAUGCACAGUGGGGCCAUGGGAGUGUGCACAGUGUCAUAGCCUGUCAUCAUGGUCUUGUUUUUAAAAUUAUUUAAAAAUUUAAAUCUCUUCCCUGGUAUACUUGUAGAUUAAAUUUAGUACAUAUAAAUCCUAGAGCAAAUAGAAUAGAUUUAAUAGCUAUUUAGCUUUUGUAGAAAGGAAGUGAAUAAAAAGAACAAAAUUAGACUUAAGGAGGGAAAACCUGAAGCAAUAGUGAUUUGACUUAUACAAAAGGGAAAAAGGUGUUAGAAACUACCUGGUGUCACCUGUGGUGGUAGAAUAAUGAAAGGGGGGACCCCCUUCCCACCCCCAUGCCCUGGUGGUGGAGUCUCAAUAGUUCCAGCUCUAGCGGGCCAAGCACUAAUUUAUCUCAGCAGCUCCGUGCUGCCUCCAGGUACUCUCUGACCCAGGCAGCAGUCUCCCUACCUGUCUAGUUCCCAGGGCAGGUUGUUACCACAUCAGUCACAUACAUCGCAGGUCUGGUUCGGUGUCCUGUCACCAUGCUCUCUCUUCAGCUCAAUUAAGUCCACAUGAAAGAGCACUCCAGGGGUGGGGAUUGGCUCAGUGUAGAGCGCGUGCCCUGGGUUCGGUCCCCAGCUCCACACAAUGUCCUCUGAGCCAAUUGAUAAGAUAUGGUUUGCCCAUCUAGACAACACAAAAUCCUGUAUACAUCCAUCCCUUACAAGUACUCAUAGCAACCUCAAUGUAUACACAGAGAAGAGUCUUAAUAUCUGCCGCCAUGUUCUCCCAGCUUUUCCUUCUUUGCUCUGGCCUCCUCUCUCCUCUUCUCCCUUCCUUCUAAAACCUCUGUUCCCUCCUCCCUUCCUUCUCAUCCAAUGGCAGGCCUUGUUUUAUCUUGUUUGUCUUCACCUGCAUAAUGACAUCAACCUACAGUCACCUCCCUGUGAUGGCUUUAUAAACAGUGCUACUGGUGUGUCACAAAAUCCUCUGACCUAAGAAACACCAGGUCAACAGAAUUCACUUAAAAUAAAGUAGGUGCCAUAUUAAAGCUAGCAGAAAUUGUUCCUUCAGCUAACUGUUGUUUGUUUAGUCUUUAUUAUCAGUCAUUUUUCUGGCAAAUAUGAAAUUAUUUUUGAAUUCUUUUUAAGAGUUAUAUUAAAUUCUUUCAGUGUAAACCCAGAUGGUGGUCAGUCCAUUGUAAUUAUAAAAUAAUGUAAGAAUGGUUUUCUUUUCCAAGGAUGAAAUAAAUACUUAUUGUAGUAUUUGUGCCUUUUUAUAUGCCUAUUCAGGCCUAGAAGUGUGUUUUUAACUACUAGAAUGGAUACAUCAAAAGGAAGCAUAGUUUUCUGGUAAUGCAUAGGUAAAAGAGUGUACAGUAGCAUUGAGUGUAUAGAGUACCAUGGCUGUCUCCUUUAGUCACGGCGUCUGUGUCUCCGUGUAUCUGUGUUUCUGUAAGUGUUAACUGUAUCUCAUUUGGUAGCUUCCAUUUUUUUUUGGCUGUUGGCACUUAAUAUGUUCAGUGUUGAGUAAAACAAUUUAGUAUUUAAUCCGUGAAAAUUAUAGGUGUUAAGUUUUCAGAAUGCUGUGUAAAAUUUUAUGACAAACUUAAAUUUUAAUCAUAUUUUCAAUGUUUGUAUUUUAUGUAUUUUGAAAAGCUGUCUGUGCUGUAAAAACAAGUGAGUUGUAUUCUCUGAUCUGCUGGACACUGGCAUGUUGGCCUUCAUGAUAAUUUAUCCUAAUAUCUGUUUUCUUCCUUUCAUCUCCUCUUCAAAGUAGGGAGGAAGGGGAAGAGCCUAGGCGGCGGGAUCCAAGGCCAAAGAGCACUGGUGAUAAUCGGUGGAGAAGGGACAGAGUUAGAUUUGUGGAUGUGUUAUCUCUGUUCUCACAGAAACACCACUGAACAGGCAUGGCUGGCUAUUCCCGUCCUGCAGAAAGCAGAUGAGAGGGCGCCUGGAAGGGUAGGCAGGCCCCCGGCUUGCUGUAGAGAGCAGUCCCUCCUCCACGCGGCCGGCUCUCGGGCUUCCUUUCCACAGAUGCUUCCCCAUUACUGUCCCAACGCAGAAAACAGUAGGGGACGUGGUUUCAGAUUCUAUUCCCUGGUUAGUAGCAGCCUUUUCUAAAGUAAAAAUUUCACAUUAUUUAUAAAACUUGCCAUUAGAAUAGGCUUAUUAUGGAUAGAUAUAAUACUUGAACUGCCUUAGUUUUGUGGCAUGUUAUUAGAUUUGCCUGAACUCAUAGCAUUUUAUAUGAAACAUCAUUAUUUAAUGAGGAUGGGUGUUUUACUUAACAUUUGUGAGUUUUAAAUGCUUUUUAAUACUUGGAGUCUUUCUAGACUUAGGAUAUUUAGCAGGCAGUGGCUUUGAAGGUUAGGUAUGCUGACUCACGGAAUCCUGGUGUGACCGAGUCUGUGAGAGGGGUGAGUAGCAGUGCACAGCACUCUUUUUUUUUUUUUUUUUUUGGAGCUGGGGACCGAACCCAGGGCCUUGGGCUUCCUAGGCAAGCGCUCUACCACUGAGCUAAAUCCCCAACCCACAGCACUCUUGAUACACUUGUAGCUCCUCUGCCAGAUUAUAGUGAGUACAAGUGGUGCUCAGUAACAAGUCACCAAGUCAGAAAGCCAUGCUCACCACAGCACUGCCAUUGUGACUAAGGUACACUACGUAAAAACUGGUUCUCUGGAAGGUUGGAGAGGUUGAACUAAAAGUUGGGGAGCAAAUGGGGGAGAAGAAAAAGAGGUAAUUAUUCCAGUUGAUUCAACAUCCAGUUUGAGAAUUCAGAAAGGAUAAUAAAAUAAGGUCAAGAAAUUAUGACAGAUACAGCACAAGAAAAUCUCCUUGGACCAAGGAAAAUGAGUCCCAACACAGUGAGGGAGGGGCUGUGCACACACACAAAGGCCCAGCCUUUAGAGCUGAUGAUGGUGGUGAGGAAACUACUGGCCAUUUACACACAGAAGGAAGCAUUGCACACAGUGGCCAAGGAAUUAAUGAAGUGGGGCUGGAGGGAGGGUAACUCAGCUGUUAAGAGCACUUGCUCUUGCAGUAGACCCAGGUUCAGUUCCCAGCACCCACAUGGUGGCCCAUGACCAACCAUAGCUCAGAUGCUGUAGGUCCCAGGCCUUCUUCGGGCCAACAUGGGCACAAGCAUGCACAUAGUACACAGACAUACAGACAGAUAGAACACAUGGAAAUAAAAUAUUUUUAGUUAAAAAGAAAUUAAUGGAACAAUAUUUUUAAAAUUCUGAGGCUAUAUAAGUUUAUUCCCAUUUUUUCCAUAUUUGGCUAAAAUUAUUAACCAAAUUUGAAGAUAAAAAUAUAUUUUUAUUUUUUAAAAUUGUGUUUUAAGUAACGUAAGAUAAUACUUUUCCCUCUGACUAUUAAGUCAAAAGCAAAGAUAGCAUCUAAACUUCAAUUAAAACAAUGUGGCAAAUAGAAUUGCUUAACUGAUCUGUGUUUGCCAUUCCUUCAGAACACCAGAAGCUAAUGUGUGUACAGUUCGCCAUUGUACGUGUGUGUAUGGGGUCUCUAUAAUAAGCAAGAUUGGAUGUUUUGCUCUGUGUUUCUUACCUUUUUAAAAGUGGACAAAUAAUAGUUGUAGUUAAUAGAAAAUUAGAGGAAGAGAAAAGAGAUCCGAUUUAUUCUUUCAUUUAUUUAAAAAAUUGUAGGAAAUGCAUGGUUGGCCUGUCCCUCUCUGGGUGCUGUGGUAUAUAGCUGAAGAGAAAAUGCUGCCUCAGCCUGUGAGGGACUUGGGGUCUGGUUAUUUGGGGAAACACAUGGAAGGGAAUGGGAACAGAAUGGCUCCAGCCAGAUAAAGAAUGUUCAGAGCUCGGCUCUGCAUGAUCUUGAUGGGCAGGCAAGCUGCUUUGGGCCAAGUGGAUGGCUUUCUGGGAUCCACAGAGGUGACAGCCUGAUUUCAGAGCACUUUAAAAACUCAACUUUCAUGAGAGUAGCAAACACAUGACCGACCUGAGAAUGUCUAAUUUAAUACAUUUUAUUAGCAUUUAAGCAGAAACUAUCCUGCUUUCCACUGCCAGCUGCAGGAAACUAGGGGUUAGGUGUUUUCUUUUCUUUUUUUUUUAAUAGUAACAACAGUAAUGAGCUGUACUUACUCCAGAUUAUUUUCUGACUAUUCAAACAACAAAUGGCUGAAGUGCCCAACAAUGGUCUUUCUCCAUUGUUUCUCCAAACACAGGCUUUUCCCGUUUGUUUGGAAAUGGGAAAGUAGCUCAUCUGUGGAACAUUAUGCCACGUUUUGAGUGUUUACAGACAGUGCUGCGUGGGAGACUGAGAUAGACACCACUAAGCAGGAACUUGGUUAAUUCUGUGGCCAAGGAAAACCGCACUAUCGUGAGUGCUCUGAGUCAUCACUUAGGUGUUGGGAACUUACCUUCAUAGACACCACAUCCUACUGGCUGUGGACAACAGUGAAGGACAGUAGCAUUUACCUGGUGUCUGGUUUUUAGUUUGCUUUGGUUUUUGUUUGUUUGCUUUAUUUGUAAAUAAUCUUGGUCUUCGAAUCCCCAGACUUUUUUCAAAUAUGUACUGGGAAAAAUGAAGCAUUGAGCCUGAUUAAGAGCAGAUGCGUGCUCCUGGCCCUUUUCUGAUUUAAUGUGCACGAAAGGUAGAAGUUUAGGGGAAGCAGGGGAGGGCAAAGUUAUUGUAGUUUAGUUGAUAGAUUCUCUCGGUUUAAAUAGAGACAAGAGACUUACUGAACCAAAAGGAACUAUCUAUGGUCCAGCGAUCUCUAGAAGUGCUCCGUGAGAACAGAUGAGUAGAUUUUUAUAGAUUAGUUUAGCUGCUGGUUUCCCUGUUUAGAUUCAGUGUGUGGUCCUGGCUCAGAGUAUGCAAGCAAGAAGCUCAGGUAAGGGACCUUUAUCUGACUGGACCAGGCUGACUGACAGUAUAAAGAGAUUCUUGUCUGACCAAACCACAGGGGCAUGAAGUCCUUUGAAAACUGACUUGUCUGGGUCAUAGUCUGUCCUUCACUUGCUAAGCAGCUGCCUGGCAUGGAGUAGGGUACCGGCUUAAUGGAAGGUGAGGUGGGUGCCUCGUUCUGUGCUCACACCCAGUGUGCUCCAUCCUGGGAGGCUCGCUUAACUUGUAAUGCUUAUAAUUCAAGGCCCUCGUUCUAGCUUGGUCUUUGAGUUCUGGGAUUAUGGUAGUACCUUCCCUUCCCUUAUUGACUUGAAUUGGCAAAUUAAUGGUUUUUUUUCUCUUUUUUCUUUUUUUCGGAGCUGGGGACCGAACCCAGGGCCUUGCGCUUGAGCUAAAUCCCCAACCCCGGCAAAUUAAUGUCAACCAUAGUGAAAAUAUCUGUAUAAUUUAGGAAAGAAACUUAAAAGGUAAAAAAAUAGAAUUUUAAAUAUUCCAGAAAUACUGUGUUUUAUGUGAAUCUAUUAAUUCUCUUUUUUAUAGUUAUUUUAAUUUUUAGAUUUUAUUUUAUGUGUAUGGUUAUUUUGAUUUCAUAUAUAUAUGUUCAACACAUGUGUGCUGAGUACCUAUGAAGGUCAUACUUUAUCCCUUGAUACUGGAGUUAGGAUGAUUAUGGGCCACCAUAUGGGUGCUGAGAACCAAAUUCAGGGCCUCUGUAAGAGCCACAAGAGCUUUUAACCACGGGGCCAUCUCUCUAGCCCUGAACCUAUUGUCUCUUAAUGAACAAAAUAAUGAAUGAAUGAAUGAAUGAAUGAAUGAAUGAAUCCGCUAGAUGAUGUCUUGAAGGUAUGCUAGGUGAGACAGUAGCUAGAAGUCUGCCGAGGAGGAUCUGAAUAGCAAGUUCACUUACCAAAGUGAGAGUUCGAUCCUCUGUAUCCAGAGGCAGGAGGAUGGGACUGGGACCCUCAGAUUGACAAGAUGGCUCACUCUUUCUUGGGACAGUGUUUGUUUAAAAUGGAUUGCUAAGGCAGCAGUAAGAAGGACAGUUUUUGAUAAUUUUCU